AAUGAAAAUCAUGUUACUUGUGUUUCCUUUUGAAAUUUUUAUCAGGGACAGGCAAUGCAAGUAACCUUUGGAGGACUCUAGUGAAAAGAAGAAAUAAUCAGUCAAUGGAACUUUCGAAUAUUAGCAAGUAGUAAGCACAUUAUAUUGGUUUGUUUUAAGAAAAAGAAUGGAAAUCUUUUGGUGUUGGAGAAAGUUCUUUUAAGAAUUGGUUUCUACAAAUAAAAAUGUAUUUGACGAUGUUUAAAAUUUUGCAAAGGGCUGCAUUUUAUUCACAAAUAUGAGCAAGAAACUGUCUGAGAAUAUUGAUUGUUUUCUCCAGGUUUAAACUGUAGUCAGUAAAUGAUAAUGUCAAGGUUUUGUUUUAACCCACAAUGGUAGUUGUGCGCUAGUAUAUGGAUGUUUAUUUUAAAAGAAUAAUAUCCACACAAGCCAGAAAAGGUACAAAGACAUUGAAGUUACUUGAGGGAUCUUGAGAUUUCUUUGCCUCUGCCAUUUUGAUGAUGUAUUUAAACGUUCUUUUGGUGCAACAAAAUGUGGUGUAGAACUGCGACUUGUGGUAAAAAUGCUGAAUUGAUUUUAUAUGUUAUCAAAGGGCUAGAGCGUGGUAAAUAUCAUUGUUGAAAUAUGGAAUUUAUUUUGUAUUUUUUGUUGAAAUCGGAAAUCGAUGAUAAUUUUUUAGAUUUUUGUAGCAAAUUCAGCCGUGAAAACGAAUGAUUAUUUGAGGAUAAUUUAAAAAAAGCUAUUGAAAGCAUUGUGCUAAGAGCUCUCUAAAAUUUUGGUAGCUUUCCGACUGUUCCAUUUCUUGGUUGUCUGCUGUUUUUCCUUUUUCAAAUUGAUUGAUUGGUAGAUUGCAAAUAUCGUAUUGACCUUGAACUCAUAGCUCAUAAAAUCCAACUUUCCCACCUACAUUUGUUACUAUAUAAAAUCCUUUUAUGUUAAGAAUAAAAAAAUGCACCGGAAGUGCAAAAAAGCCUAUUCCAGCUCACAAUGUUGCAGAAACUGGGCCAUUUAUUGUCUGGAGAAGAAGACAAGAACCAAAAAAACUCUGAACUUUUUUCUUCUGUUCUCUCCUCUCCAGCUAAUGCAAACUAUUAAUUAAUUCAAACCUGUAUGCUGUUCAUGGUGAAGAGAUUGGCAAAAGUUACACGGCACUGUCUCAUGGUGAGCUCGCAUGGAGGAAAAUUGAUUUGAUAGAGUUUUGCAGGUCUCUGGCCCACCUUAUUUAUAUGGGCAUUGUCAAGAUAUCCUAUUUUCUGGAUUGUUAUGGUCAAUGUUUCCGCCAACAUUUAGAAGAUAUUGUGCAAUUCUUGCAAUCUUUAAGGCUGUGAUCAACAAAAUGUGAUACACUGGGGUUUUAAAUGAUGGAUUUUAGCAGACUAAGGUCUUCCACUGGCUACAGUUGGGAUAUGGUAGUUAAUACUGGCAGAAAAAAAGGAGACGGCUGGGGUGACUACACGGUGAAGUAGACAACCUUCAAGGAAUACCUGAAGCAUUAGGUAGACAAAGGUCCACGUCAGCGGCAGAUGAGAUUUCUGGUUUAUUGUCGCGGGUAGCAGCAAGAGUUGUUAUCAAGCUGACAGAGCCUUUGAAGAAUAAGGGCUACAUACUGUUUGUUGAUAAUUGUUAUACAAGCAUUCCUUUAUUUUAAUAUCUUUCAUCUGUUGGGUUACAUGCAGUUGAAACCAUAAUAGAGAGUUUACGAAACAAGACGAGACAGAUCGAGAAAAGCUGAAAAGGUCUGGAAUCUAGUCAUCCCGAUGCGUUGACCUUUUUCCUGUUACGAUUCACAACGUGCCUGUCACAACGCAUUGCAGUUUGGUGCCAAAUUCAGUUUACUCGAAGCUGCAAAAAUGGCAAACAAUUUAUUCAUCGUGCUCGAGGAAAAUAUGGAAGAUGUCGAGGACUAACUUUUAUUACAUUGUGGUCACGCAAACAACGUUAAUCUUCAUUUAGAGCUUCCAUAUUUUAAAUAUGAACGUUUUAGCUUGGAAGAUAUGGCCAAAGAGGAGUGCUCUGUUGAAAUGCGUUUCGAAAAGCAGGACAUAUACAAUCUUGUGCAAGCCCUUCAACUGCCAGAAAUUUAUCGAUGCUACAAUGGUGUCAUUGUCGGCCCCGUUGAAGCGCUUUGUGUCUGCUUGAAGCGUUUCACAUAUCCCUGCCGGUACGCGGAUUUAGUCCCAAGAUUCGGAAGGCCUGUUCCGCAACUAUGCAUGAUCUUCAACUUGGUGGUUGAGGAUAUAUAUGACAGGUUUUCCAAUCUACUGAACGACCUGAACCAGCCAUGGCUCUCAAGAGAGAAUCUCCAGUCAUUUGCUGAUGCAAUACACAACAAAGGUGCUGCAUUGGACAACUGCUGGGGAUUUGUUGAUGGCACUGUCAGGCCUAUAUGCAGGCCAACCAGGAAUCAAAAAGCUGUCUACAAUGGGCACAAAAGGGUUCAUGCACUCAAGUUUCAGUCAGUUGUUGCUCCAAAUGGUAUGAUUGCAAACCUUUUUGGGCCUGUUGAAGGUAGAAGACAUGACAGCAGAUUGCUUGUAAUGUCUGGUCUACUUAAGCAAUUAGAACAGCACUCGUUUUCCCCAGAUAGUGCAACUCUUUGCAUCUAUGGUGACCCUGCAUUCCCGCAUCGUGUUCACCUCCAGCGCCCGUUUGCAAGAAGAGCAGCUCUCACACCUGAUGAGCUUGCUUUUAAUCAAUCAAUGAGUCACGUAAGAAUUUCUGUUGAGUGGGUGUUUGGAGACAUCAUCAACUCCUUCAAGUUUGUGGAUUUCAAGAAAAAUCUCAAGAUUGGCCUCAGUUCUGUUGGGAAAUUUUAUGCUGUCAGUGCAUUGUUAAGAAAUGCUUUAACCUGCUUGUAUGGCAACAGCACUGCAAAAUUCUUUUUAGCCCCCAACACUAAAUGA